CUCACUUACAUUAAUUGAUUCUCAAGAUCUCUUACAUAGUCUGCUGUCAAAAUGAAGGCCUACUGGUACGAUAACAAGCCUGGCGAUCAGCGUGAACCUCACGACUCCGGUCGAUUGGUGACGGAGGAAUACCUUGCCUCUCUCGGUGUUAUCUACCGACACUUCCCCGAAAUCGAGUCCGUCAAUGCUCUGGCCCAAGAACGAGGAUACAAGAACCGUGAUGAGAUUGUUGUUGCCCCACAGACCAUGGGCGAGGCCUACGAGUCCAAAGUAAAGAUGUUUUUUGCUGAGCAUUUGCAUGAGGACGAGGAGAUUCGGUAUAUCCGCGAUGGAGAGGGGUACUUUGAUGUCCGGGGCCAGGAGGAUGAGUGGGUGCGCAUUAAGCUGGCCAAGGAUGAUUUGAUUAUCCUACCUGCGGGUAUUUACCAUCGCUUUACAACUGACGAGAAUAAUUAUGUCAAGGCUAUGCGACUUUUCCAGGAGGAGCCCAAGUGGACACCUCUCAAUCGUAGUCCUGAUGUCGACGUUAACCCCCAUCGCACGACAUAUCUUGGUGCUUUCCCAUCGUCUGCGGUUGCUGCGAACUAG